AUGGGGGCCAGCAAACUCAGAUGGGAUGUGCCACAGACGGGGUGGACUUCCUGUUUCCCAGUAGGCCUGACUUCUAGGAAGUGCAUUGUGUUCCCUACUGGCCACCUGGUGGCUGGGUACAGCCCUGCCCUGGGCCCCUCCCUUUCUUGGCUCCACCUUGGGGGCCACUAGAGUUACACGGAAACGACGGUGCCCAAGGCCAUGGAGGAGAACCCUGCCUGGUAUUCAGAAGCCUGGGUCCCCCCUGCAGGGUGGACAGCCCCCCUGGGGGCCAGAGGAGGCCGGGCCCUGUCCUCUGUGCUGAAUGAGCUCCCCAGUGCUGCCACCCUCCGGUACCGUGGUCCCGGUGUGCUACCUUGGGGAGCACUGGAAGAGGAGAAUGAUGGAGGAAGGAACCCCCAGCCCUUUCCAGAAGUCACCCCAUUGCAGCCUCAGGAUCCUCACCCCUCCCGGGAACUGCCCUGGCCCAUGCAGGCAAGAAGGACUCACAGGAAGGGCCAGGCCAAAGACCAAGCAGCAUACACCUCUGGGUCUAGGGCUGCCCACUGGGCCCGGCUGCUUUCCAGGUCUAAGGAAAAGAUGAAGGAAGGAAUGCAAAACUUGCAGCCCUGGGCAUGGACACUGAAGAAGAUUGGGGGACAGUUUGGUGGUGGCACCGCCUCCUACUUCUCCCUUCUGCGUUUCCUGGUGCUACUUAACGUGGUGGCAUCUGUGUUCGAAGUCUGCAUGAAGUUGCUGCCCACCUGGUUGGAAGGGGCUCCCCCAGGACCCCCUGGCCAUACGGCCUCAUCCUGUGGCUCUUACAGCCCCCACACCCAGGGUCUGGUCACUUUUCCCACCCAGAUCUUCAACUUGCUCUCUGGAGAGGGCUAUCUGGAAUGGUCCCCUCUCUUUUACGGGUUCUAUCCUCCUCGUCCUACCCUGGCGCUCACCUACCUGUGCUCCGUCUUUGCCUCUGGCCUCAUCUGCCUGCUGCUCAUCCUGCGCCGCUCCGUGUCCGGGCUGAGGCAGACGUUGUUGGCCGAGUCUGAGGCUCUGACCAGCUACAGCCACCGGGUGUUCUCAGCCUGGGACUUCGGCCUCUGUGGGGACGAGAACGUGCGGCUGCGCCAGCGCAACAUCCGCUAUGAACUGCAGGUGGAGCUGGAGGAAGCAGCGGUCCGGUGCCAGGCUGCGGGGCGGACGCUGGGCCAGUGGGUCAAGGUGUGGUCGGUGCGGUUGCUGCUCAACCUGCUAGUGUUGGCGCUCCUGGGGGCGGCCUUCUACGGCGUCUACUGGGCCACGGGCGCCGCUGCGGAGCUGAAGGAGACAUCCCUUGUUCAACAGACGCCACUGUUAAAGCUUGUGGUGGAUUACCUCCCAUCCAUCUUCAUUUCUGGGGUCAACUUCAUUCUACCGCCCGUGUUCAAGCUCAUGGCCCCGCUGGAGGGCUACACCCAGAGCCAUCAGAUCAUACUCAUCCUGCUCAGGACUGUGACUCUGCGCUUCGCCUCCCUGCUGUUCCUGCUCAUCUCUCUCUGGAAUCAGAUCACUUGUGGGGGUAACUCCGAGGCAGAGGCAUGCCAGACCUGUGGCUACAAUUACAAGGAACUUCCAUGCUGGGAGACUAAGCUGGGCCAGGAGAUGUACAAACUCCUGCUCUUUGAUUUGUUGACUGGCCUGGCUGUCAUGCUGCUCAUCCAGUUUCCUCGGAAAAUACUCUGUGGCCUCUGUCCUGGGGCCCUGGGGCGACUGGCGGGGACUCAGGAGUUCCAGGUUCCUGACGAGGUGCUGGGCCUCCUAUAUGCACAGACCGUGGUCUGGGUGGGGAGCUUCUUCUGCCCUUUACUGCCUCUGCUCAACACAGCCAAGUUUCUGCUGCUUUUCUGUCUGAAGAAGCUCACCCUCUUCUCCACCUGCUCCCCGGCUUCCCGCACCUUCCGGGCCUCUACAGCAAAUCUGUUUUUCCCCCUGGUCCUGCUCCUGGGCCUGGCCAUCUCUGCAGUUACUGUGCUUUACAGCAUCUUUCUGAUCCCACCUUCUAAACUGUGUGGCCCGUUCCGGGGGAAGUCAUCCAUCUGGGUCCACAUUCCCGAGUCCAUUGAAAACCUCCCUCAGACAGCCCAGAACUUCCUUUUCUUUUUGGGUUCCCAGGCUUUUGCUGUGCCCUUUCUGCUACUCUCCAGCAUACUGAUGACGUGUACUGUGGCUCUGGCUAACUCCUAUGGGCGCCUCAUCUCCGAAUUUAAACGUCAGAUAGAGAGAGAAGCACAGAACAAAGUCUUUCUGGCACAGCGAGCUGUGGCUCUGAGCUCGGCCAAUGGGGCCCUUUGACCAGCCAGCCUGUGGUAACCACGUCCCACCUUCAGGUCCAGAUCACCUUUGUAAUAAGUCUGGGCUCCGUCAAGUGUAAAAUGAUGGAGCUCUCCUGAGCCCUGAAUCCGAAGAUUCUCCAGAGCCUCCGCCGCCAAGUCCCGGCUCUCUUUGGAACCUCUUAAUUAUAUUAAUAAACACGGCCAGAACGGCUGAGUGCUUUCCAACCCGCGUCCUGAUGCCACCUUGAC